UAAGCCCCGCCCCGUGAGUCGACGCGCCGCGACAGCGAUGGGGCCUGCAGGGUGCGCGGCUCGGCGGGUGUGGACGCUGCUGGGCCUCAGGGCCCUCUCCCCGGGCGCGGGGCCGGUGGCGGGCGCUGGGGCCCGGCUGCGGGCGCUGGCUCCGGGGCGGCUUCCCGCGGGACCAGCGCUUGGCCGGGUCUGCCUGACCCCCGACCGUGCGCGCGGCCUGCACGGCGGGCCCGGCCUGGAGGAGCGGACGGAGUGGGCAGCCGGCGCGGAGGAGGCCGCCGGCGAGGGGCGCCGGGAACCAGACGCCGCAGAUCACACGGGGCCCAAGUUUGACAUCGAUAUGUUGGUUUCGCUUCUGCGGCAAGAGAAUGCAAGAGACAUCUGCGUGAUCCGGGUUCCGCCCGAAAUGAGAUACUCAGAUUACUUUGUGAUCGCGAGCGGAACUUCCACCCGACACUUGCAUGCCAUGGCCUACUACAUCGUGAAAAUGUACAAAUUCCUAAAAAGUAAAAAUGAGCCUCAUGUGAAAAUUGAAGGGAAGGACACUGAUGACUGGCUCUGUGUGGACUUUGGCAGCAUGGUGAUUCAUUUGAUGCUUCCAGAGACCAGAGAAAUGUAUGAACUGGAGAAGUUAUGGACCCUGCGUUCUUAUGAUGACCAGUUAGCUCAGAUCGCACCUGAGACAUUACCUGAAGACUUCAUUCUUGGAAUAGAAGAUGACCCUUCUUCCCUGACUCCAAUGGAGUUCAAAUGUGAAUAAAAUACUGGUUUCCUCAUUUCA